AUGGUUUGGACAACAUCUGUAUUUUUGGCCUUAGGGCUGGUGCGACUGGCCGUCUCACAGGCCGCGGGAUGGCAGGCAAACCAGAGGAACAGUACUCUCUGCUAUUGGGAUUCACCUCGAGCUGCUGUAAUUAGGGAUACACUAUACAUCGAUGGAGGGUAUCAAUGGUGGACGCCGGGCCUGGCGGAUGGCACAUAUGGCACCGUCGUCAACGAUGGCAAUCCUCUUGGUCUAGUAUAUCUUCUAAACUUCAGUACUCCGUUCAACACCACUGGAACUUUCAACUUGAGCGACGCUUUCACCACUAUAUCCAAAGCUCCCGGUGGUGGGAAUGCAAAUAAUAUUGGUCCUUUGUAUUACGAUGGUGCCAUGUUCGCAAACGACGGCGAAUGGAUCACGUACGGUGGAUUACUCAAGAACACCGACGCCUACAAACCUCAACCUGCUGAUGCGAUCGCUGCGUAUCAAAAGUAUCAGUAUGGUCCUCCAAGGGAUCAAUUUCAAUCAGGAUAUGCUCUUCAAUCACUUCCAGCUGGAAUGACGAGAUAUCUAACAAGCGGGGCAGCCGUUAGCAUUCCAUCAGAAAACCUUGCAUUUUACUUUUCAGGUUUGCGAUCCGCCAGUAAAGGCGAGAUAUUCUAUCAACCUGCGUCUAAAAAUGAGUCUCAAAGAGCUGUUUAUGAGUCUGAUACUUUGAUCGGAGUGGAUAUGACUCGUCAAGGACAGGAAACCUGGACCAACGAUACUCUUCCAACGACAGUACCAGGACGAGCUGGCGCUGAACUUGUGUGGGUUCCAGUCUCAACUCAAGGAGUUCUAAUUGCUAUUGGUGGUGUGAUUAAUCCCUCUUUCGCACUCAAUAACAACAAAGUUAAUGCUUCGGAAGCAGAUGAAAGUUCAAAGAUCAGUCCCACAUUUAUGAAGACUGUUUCUGUUUACGACAUUGAGAAGAAGAUCUGGUAUGAGCAAAACACCACCGGGACCGCCCCUGGCGCCUUGACUCAGGGCUGCACCGUACUUGCUUCUACGCAGGAUGGUUCGAGCCACAACAUCUAUUGGUAUGGAGGUUAUGAUGGUCUCAAUCCUAAGUCACCCUUCUCGGAUGAUGUUUGGGUUCUAUCAAUCCCGACUUUCACGUGGGUGAAGGUUAAAUCUGGGACUUCGACCCAUGGUCGUGCAGGACAUAAAUGCACUAAACCAUAUCCAGACCAGAUGAUUGUCGUUGGAGGCUACGCAGACUACGGAGCUGCAGUGCCAAAAUGUCUUGAAGGGGGUGUACUUCAGAUCUUCAACCUAAGCAGUACACUCUGGAUGGAUACCUACUCCCCAGAGAAUUGGAGCAAUUACUCCGUACCAGCAAGUGUCAUUGCAGCUAUUGGCGGCACAUCAACUGGAGGCUCAACCCAAACAGCACCAGCGACUAUCGGAUUUUCAAACACAUCUAUGACUGCCUUGUUUGGGACAAAAUAUAACACCACAAAGAUCAAGCAAUGGUAUCCAUAUGCCCUUCAAACUGUAGAGGCAAACCACACAACACCGCUCCCAUCUGCAGUUCCCAAACCAGGCAGUGGCGGUGGAACACCCAGUUACCUAGCUCCCGUCCUCGGUGUCGUCCUAGGUCUCAUCUUCAUCUCCCUUCUGGUCCUUGCAUUCGUACUUUGGAGGAAGAGAAGAUAUUUCAAGGCCAACGGAACCCAAACCCAAAGCGAAGCCGGAACCAUGGACAACAACCGCUGGAUAGCAAACUGGCUUCGAGGUCAACCAGCCGUCCCAGCAAAUGAAAAAGCUCCAACCGUCACAACAGACGAAACGCCCAUGACGCCCGCUGAAGAAGAAGAAAGGGCCUACACAGUUCCACACCCAGUCGCAGCAGAAAUGGCAGGUGUUCCAAUCGCCGAGAUGGCAGACACAUCCAUGCCCACCGAACUCGCCGGCGGCUUCGUCCCUCUCACAGGCGCAAACCUCAACACGCGCACCCACCGCCUCGGCCACUCCCUCUCAACGGGCUCCCAAAACUCCUACUCCCACGCCUCAGAAGUAUCCUCAGACUCUCCCCGCCCAGGAAUCUCCCCCAUCGCCACCCCCCGCGCCGACUCCCCCUCCCUCGGCGAACUCCCGGAGAACUCCACCCGCUUAUACUCCGACAUCAGCAACGUAUCGGCUUCUGACCGCGGCCAUCUGCGCGGAAUCAGCGAGACGAGCGUUAGUACUGAUGGUGGGAACCAGGGGCUGGGUAUUGCGUCGAGGGGUGUGAGUCCGUUGCCGGAUAGAGGCGUGAGUCCGAUGCCGCCACCGCAGGUGAGUGAGGAGCAGAGGUUGGGCAUUGUGAGUCCGUUGUCGCCGCAGCCGGCGGCGGGGUUUGCGCCCCCGGCGGCGUUGAGAGUGCCUGGGAGUCCGAGUCCGAGUCAGAAGCGGAAGAGCCAGUUUGAGGAGAAUUUGGGGGAUGAUAAGUAG